CCGCUCUUCCAUUUUCCGUGCCAGGCUGUCCGACAUCAUGGCAGGUGGCCGCGUAGCACUUGCAGUUCUGCUCCUUGCGCAUUUCGGAAACAUCCAUGUGUACAUGAAGGUGAUAGCCCCUACAACUCAAGCAGGAGUAACAUGCAAUCGUGGAUUCUAUUGGCCUCAUAUUCAAACCAGCACUGACCUUAUGGAUACGAUAAACGCAAUGUGCAACACAACUCCAAGUUCCUCAGAUUCUGACAAUCAGCAUCUGAACAGUGAUGCUUGCUAUGGGUGCUUUUCUCGUGUGAUUGAUCAGUUCAAGAACGCGAUGCAUUUAGGUGAACUGAAUUCAUGUGCUUCAACAUACCUUCAAGGAACCGAUUACCAGCCAUGUGCAGAUGAAUUUGCAAAGGCUAUUGCAGAAAAUGACACAGAACUAGAAGAGACAGGCUGUAAAGGAGACGGUGCCUUUUGCAGCUUUGAGAAAUGCAUUCAUCGCAUUGAUAAACUGAGCCUGAUUAAAAGUUGUACUGACGAGGUAAAGGGAAGUACUGAGAAUGGCACUGGAGAAGCAGAUGAGGUGCAAAUAUAUAUUAAAACAACAGCUUGUAUAUUGGCAAAAGUCCGCUGUAGAAAUUCUAUGAACACUGAUCAACCUGGCCAGGUUGGAACAGUGCGACAGCCAAGGUGGAACCUGUAUCAAGCAAGCACCUUGCUUGUCACUGAGGACUAUGAUCUGAGAGUGACAAGUGUGCCACAUGGAAAUUUGGGCCUGGUGUGUGGAUUUAAUCCUGGCAAUGUUAAGGUAGCCACCUGGCCCGGAGCUACAUGCUAAUAUAGCCAAAAUAAACAGAAAUAUUCUGAAGUAAUGUACAAGUGAAAUAAAGAUAUGAGACUGUACUGUUA